AUGGCUUCACAAGCAGCGUCUUUGACUGCAGUGCAGCUCAAAAACCUCCCACGAGCCGAAACCAUCACGGUCCUCUACAAGGAAAAGGACGCCAUCGACGGCGACAACCUGCAAAUAGUGGGAGACAAGUUUCCCAAGAGUAUAGCAACAGCCUUCUCAACGAAGUGGAAAGCCGAGCUCAUUCCUAGUAAUAAGACAAACACUGGCGAGAUCCACAGUGUCAUCGUCGAUUCGAUCGUUGUCACGGGUGGGAGCUAUGGCAUAUGGCGCGACAUCCUCAACUGGAUGCUUGGGAGUUGCCAGGGGUUUGGCUUCGCUCAAACUCCAAGUCAGAGAUUCAAGCCGUAUUCAUUCCAAUUCUUUGUCCGCGAAUGUGCGGUGUCGAUCGGCUGUGACACUCUCCAGGAACGAGCGACCAAGCGGAUGGAGCGCAUCUGUGCGGAGCAGGUGCAUUCCGAGGAUGUUCGUGCCCUGUGGCUCGUCAAUCCUCCAAAUGAAGAGACAAGAACAUUCCUUGUUGAGCAUAUUGCCGUUCGCUUGUGGGAGAAACGACUCAAGGCGAAAAGCGCAUACUGGACCCUCCGAGAGGAAUUCCCUGAUCUGAACGAAAGAAUCGACAGUUUCCUGGCUCAGCUGAAGAAGGACUCUGCUGGCGAUCCUCGUGGGGACAGACGUGGAAGAUCCGAUGUGCAAUGGAUAAAGGACACGACGAAGAAAGACGGUGUGAGGAAAGUUCGAGCGCAGAGACCGCAGGGACCUGCAGAAAAUGGCGGCGAGGGCAAGACGGUUGUCUUGAAGAUGGAGGUGGUGAGGAAGGCAACCAAGAAAAGCCCUGCUUAUGCAAAGCUGGACCUUGCUUCCAUCGGCGUCACCAGAGAGCAAUUCUGUGGAUCGAGAGAAUAG